AAGUACGAGGAGUUCAUGCUCCGGCGCUGCCUGGCCGCCGACCCGGACUGCCGCUGGUGCCCGGCCCCGGACUGCGGUUACGCUGUUAUUGCCUACGGAUGUGCCAGUUGCCCUAAACUGACUUGUGAGAGAGAAGGCUGCCAGACUGAGUUUUGCUAUCAUUGCAAGCAGAUAUGGCACCCCAACCAAACCUGCGACAUGGCCCGCCAGCAGAGAGCGCAGACUCUCCGGGUGAGGACAAAGCACACCUCAGGCCUCAGUUACGGACAAGAGUCUGGUCCAGCCGAUGACAUCAAGCCAUGUCCACGCUGCAGUGCCUACAUCAUCAAAAUGAACGACGGCAGCUGUAAUCACAUGACCUGCGCUGUAUGUGGCUGCGAGUUCUGCUGGCUGUGCAUGAAGGAAAUUUCUGAUUUGCAUUACCUCAGUCCUUCUGGUUGUACCUUCUGGGGCAAAAAGCCAUGGAGCCGUAAGAAGAAGAUUCUGUGGCAACUAGGAACAUUGAUUGGUGCCCCCGUGGGGAUUUCUCUGAUUGCUGGCAUUGCGAUUCCAGCCAUGGUCAUUGGAAUCCCUGUUUACGUUGGGAGGAAGAUUCACAGCAGAUACGAGGGAAAGAAGACCUCCAAACACAAGAGGAAUUUAGCUAUCACAGGUGGAGUAACCUUGUCUGUGAUUGCAUCCCCUGUCAUUGCUGCGGUCAGUGUUGGUAUUGGUGUCCCUAUCAUGUUGGCCUACGUGUAUGGAGUAGUUCCCAUUUCUUUGUGCCGAGGAGGAGGUUGUGGUGUCAGCACAGCCAAUGGAAAAGGGGUUAAAAUUGAGUUUGAUGAAGAUGAUGGGCCAAUUACAGUGGCAGAUGCUUGGAGGGCACUCAAGAACCCCAGCAUUGGUGAGAGCAGCAUUGAAGGGCUGACAAGUGUUUUGAGCACCAGUGGAAGCCCCACCGAUGGGCUCAGCGUCAUGCAGGGCAACUACAGUGAAACAGCCAGCUUUGCUGCGCUCUCAGGAGGCACUCUAAGCGGUGGAGUCCUUUUAGGAGGGAAAGGAAAAUACAGCCGGCUGGAAGUGCAGGCUGAUGUGCAGAAAGAGAUCUUUCCAAAGGAUUCGGUCAGCCUCGGAGCCAUCAGUGACAAUGCGAGCACGCGAGCCAUGGCAGGCUCCAUCAUCAGUUCCUACAAUCCCCAAGACAGAGAGUGCAACAACAUGGAAAUCCAGGUGGACAUAGAGACUAAGCCCAGCCAUUAUCAGCUUGUUAGUGGAAGCAGCACCGAGGAUUCCCUCCAUGUCCCAACCCAAAUGGCAGAAAAUGAGGAGGAGGAGGAGGAGGAGGAAGAGGAGGAGGAGGAGGAAGAGCAGCAAAUAUGCAACCACCAAAGCUGUGAACAGAAGGACUGUGUGGCCAGCAAAACCUGGGACAUCACUCUGGCACAGCCCGAAAGCAUCCGCAGUGACCUGGAGAGCUCGGACAGCCAAUCUGAUGAUGUGCCCGACAUCCCCCUGGAUGACUGCGACUCCCCCUUUCCCCAGACUGCUGCCUGCCUCCACCCCCCCAGUGCCAGAGGGGCUGGGAGCCCAAGUGCCCGCAUCGGCCACUGUGCCCAAGCAGACGGACAUCGGCCGGAGGAGAGAACACUGGAGUGCCUUGAGGCCCGAGGAUGAAGCCCCUCUCCC